AUGGAUUUGAGGGGAGGAGGAGAGUUUUUCAGGGGGGCAGAAUCGAGCGGGAUGGAGGUUGACGAGGAGAACGCGGACAAGGGAGCGAUACUUCGAGCAGCUGCGCAGGAGGGGAACUUCGACAUGCUGCAGAUGCUUCUGCUUCAUGGAGCAGCCGUCGACGACGCGGAUCCCGACCUGCAAUGCACGUCCUUGCAUCAUGCGGCGAGAUAUGGUGGAGGCAGCGGUACCUACGGAGGAGGCUCGCUGACUGUUCCUUCAGGAGACGUCAGGUGUGUGGAGCUGCUGAUAGAGCAUGGCGCAGACGUGAACGCAGCGACGAGGAGCGGCUUCAAGCCCAUCCACUUUGCAUCCGCGCAUGGCUGGGGCCAAGUCGUCAACGCGCUCGUGUCGGCAGGAGCAGACAUCGAUGAUGCCGUAGCCCUUGACUUGUCCUUCGACGCUUCUCCACAGAGUCCUGAGGAGGAAAGGUACAUGCAAGCCUUCAAGCUUGCUGCUUGCUUGAAGCAGUAUCCAAACAUGCCGACCAAGUGCAUUGAAGUGCCGCAGAAAGGCUCUAUGGGUAAGGAUUAA